AAAAUACAUAAUACUCAAUAUUCAUAUUGUACAAUAUUUACACGUUCAUUCAAAAAGCUAAAACUGUUAUUAUAAAAUAUAAAUACUUUUCUCAUAUGCAGUUAAUUAAUCAGUUGAUAUAAUUUUUCUAAUUAUUAUUAUUUGAUAUAGGUAUUUCAAUUAUAUUUAAACCGAGUAAUUAACAAAAUGCAUCAAUGAUGGACACGAUGAUGAUGGAAGACCUCCAAUUAGGAGUCCAAACAAUUGAUGAAAACUCUAAAACACUGCGACAGCAAAUAAUUGAUCAUAUUGUUUUAAAAGCUUUAAACAGUGACUUUAAAAGCCAAAAGAAGGACCAAUCAGAAUUUUCAAUUGAAGAAAGACAAAAAAUAGCUGAGGAUAUUUUAAAUGAUAGUCACUCAAAGUUUUUAUACAUCUUUGGUGAAUAUUUAAUAGAAGAUCACUUAGAAUACUUUAAGUCUGGAAAUUAUGAAAUACAUUUUCAUCUACACAGAUUAAGCCGAUUAAUAAAUUCUAAAAAAGUUAUUAGUAAAAAUCGACGUUAUCAAGCUAUGCUUGAACUCCUUAAAGGCGAUUACUUUAGUGAUAAUGAAAUGCGGAACAGGGAACCUUUACUUUGGGAGCAAUUGGUUGGUCAAUAUCUAUCUGAAGAAGAAAAAUUUAACUACGAUAAUCAAUAUUUAGCUCAAAAUUCGUUGACUGAAGUCUUAUUAGAACAAAUUGAUCGUGAUAAUAGAGAUUAUUUAAAACGGAAACAACAGAUAGAAGAAAUUCAUGAAGUAGAUGAUGAAAAAGACAAUAAUAAUGAUAGUGAUGAUAGUGAUAAUGAUGAUCAUUGUCAUAAUGAUAAGUCAAAUAAACCAUCAACGGCUAUGGAAGUUCAUAAACCUUCAGCUUUUUGGGGCGAGUAUAGUAAACCAAAAAUUGAAACAGUAAAAAUUGGCAAACGUCGAUGGAGAGAAGAUCAUUUCCCCAAUCUAGAACAGUGUAAUAAUAAAGAACUAAAUGAAAAAGAAAAACUUCUUUUAUUAAAUGAAUUUAAAUCUCAUAUGAUUCACAAAUUCCUUAGUGGCGAAGAAGAUUAUGAUUACAACAAUGUGGAUAAUAAUCCAGAAUAUGAUAACUUGCACAUAAAGUCCAUCGAUGAAGAAGACAAAUACUUUGAUUCAGAAAGUCCUAUUGAAGAAAUACCUGUUCUAAAAGAUGACAGUGAUGUAGAGGACCCUAUAGAAAGUGAUGAUGAAGAAGAUGAAUUAGAUACUUACAUGAAUAUGCUAAAAAAAAAUGAAAUAACUGAUAGUGUUGCAAAUAAAUUCAAAAAUUUAUAAAAUAUUAAAACUCCUAUUAUAUAUUUGAACUUUUCAUUAAGG